CUGUCAGGGAACAGAGACCUGUCCGCCGGCUGUGUUUCACACUUAAGCACGGCGUCUCCUUCUCCUCCACACUUUCUGUUUUUAAAAUUUUCUCAACUAUCUCAAGUGUGCUGAAGACGGAAAAAAAUGCUAAUACCCUGCAAGUGACGAAUUAAGUUUUUUUUUUUUUUAAAUUCUUCUCUUCUCCUUCACUGUUACUGGUGAACCUGUAUCGGUUUUACUUGAUGGGCUGAAAUUGAGAGUCCAUUCCAAGUUGCCGCCGCGGUGUGUAACGUUUGGCUGCUGUUUUUCAAUUUUUCCUUCUGGACCCAAUUUGUGGAGCAGCUGGUGACAGUUUGAACUGCAGACUCUAGGCAUCAUAAAGUGUUGUAGUGUACAGGAGGAGACCAGAAACCUCGACUGUUGUCAGUAGUGGUACUCAAGUUGUUACCAAUGGAGCGCCAACCAACAGAUAAUGUGAAGGUUAUGUUCUUCUUGAUCAGCCUCCUCUUCACUGUAGGUUCAAGUGAAAAUGACCUCUUCUUGGACUUCUGUGGCACCUGGCGUCAUGGCAAAGGCUCUCUGAGCCUGAACAUAAACCUCUCUACAGGCUGUGAUGGGCUCUCAAUUUCAGCCAAUGAAAGCACUCUAUCCAUCAAUGGGAAGAUCACAGCCCAGUGUAGGAGGUCUGAUGUAAUUCCCCUAAACAAAUUUGGACUUGAUUCAGAGGAGGACAGUUUUUUCUGUCUGUUUUGGGAGCCAUUACUGGACCAGCUGCAGCUGCAGAUUGGAGGACACAGUCUUAUUCUUUGCUGGCCUGCUAGCGUGCUGGACACUUGCUGCACUGAUCUAAGUCAUGGCUCCAACACAGCUGAAGCCAAAUACGGCAUCAUGAAUGGAAUGGUCAGAAAUGACAUUGUCAACGAUAAAAUACACAUGGCCUAUAACUUUGGAGGGAUUUUCACCAAAUGCAAAGAAUUAUGUGAUCAAGCAAGGCAGGAUUCCACCUAUUCUAACACGCCUGGAGAAGCUGUAAAGAGGAACCAGAGCAUUGAGCAUCCCUGCGCUUACAGAUCUGAGGUGGAGAUGAAGGAAGGUUUCAGAGGCUUCGAUGUCACAUCACCUACCACUACAGGUGAAACUUCAGAGCCUACUACCACCAUCCAUCUCCCCCCUGCUUUAAAACAAGCUGCAAAAAAGAAUAACAACGCAGUCUGCACUUUCUUCCACAACAACUCCUUUUUCCAGGAGGGUCCCAAAGAAGUACAGAUUCUAAAUGAUGUGGUGGAAAUCACGGUGACGGACGAGAUCAUCACUGAUCUGUCUGAGCCAAUAAAGAUUGGCUUUCACCACAAUGCUAUACCUAAAAUGCAUUCAAGGAAAUGUGUUUCAUGGGACACAAGGAAAGAUCCUUUGCAGGUGAAUUGGUUGGUAGAUGGAUGUGAGACACAACAAAGAGGACCAAAACACACGGAUUGUCUGUGCAAUCAUCUGACUUACUUCACUGUGCUGGUGCAACUGGAGCCUCGACCGGUGCGCCACCUUGUGGCACUCACUGCUAUUACAUAUCUGGGCUGCGCUGUAUCUGUGAUAAGCUGCAUUGCUCUGAUAAUUUUCCUCUGCAGGAAAAGGGGGCGAUCUAAGGAGCAGUCUAUACCCAUACACCUGGGUCUAGCCGUGUCCCUGGCCUUCCUCAGUCUGCUCUUUUUCUUAACGGGGGUCCUGGCCAACGUGGGAGGGGAGAGUGUGUGUGUUUGGGUGGGUGCACUCCUCCACUAUGCCCUGCUCAGCUCCUUCUCUUGGAUGGGCAUAGAAGUGUUCAACACCUUCUGGUUGGUGUACAUGGUUUUCAGCCCCUCUCCAAAGCUGUACACAUGGAACCUAGUCGGUUUCAUUCUCCCAGCUGUUCCUGUUAUCAUCCUGGCUGCAAUAGGUGAUAUUUAUGGGCUAAGAGAGGUGGUGCCAAGUGAUGACAUCUCCAAUCCUUAUCUAAUGUGCUGGAUGAAAGUGACAAACAAGGCUUUGCUGGCUCACGUUUUUACCAAUAUGACGAUCCUGGCCCUCCUGGUGUCGUCGGGUUUUGUGAUGCUCUUCCUGGUGUACAGGCAGAUCCGCACUAGGGAUGAAUGGAGACAGAACCGCGUGGCUUUCCUCAGCAUCUGGGGCCUCAGCUGCCUCUUUGGAACAACUUGGGGUCUGACCUUCCUGGAUUUUGAGCCCCUCUCUGACUUCAUUCUCUUCCUCUCCUGCAUCCUCAACUCCUUCCAAGGCUUCCUCCUGAUGUUGCGGUUCUGCAUGCUGGACUGGAUACGAAAACAGGCUGCUCACCCUGGUCUUGGCAGCACCAGCACCGGAUCUACCAGGCAACACAUGCUACAGGAGAAGAGUUAAGUGGACUAAAUAAAGGUGUGGGACAGAAUACAGCAGCAAACUCAAGGCUGCAACAGUCAAUUUUUGAAAUGUAAAAAUACAGUCUGCAUACCAACACAAUAGACAAAAUGCAGAAAAAUGCUCCACCACUGACUGAAUCACUGUAGAUCUGCUGUUUGUCCAGGUGACGUUCUGUGGUUGACGGUGGUAACUGCUAGGAAAUGUGAGUUACAGCUCCAAAAGGGAGCAGUUCUCCAUAUAUCCUACACACCUUAUUGUUCUGGCGUCCUUUGGUAGGAAACAUUCUAGCUGUCUUGGUAAGCGCUAGAACACAAUGAGUUUGGACCCACUAUCUGUUCUAUGCAGCUUUAAGUGGUGGUAAGACAAAAUUUAAAACUUUAUGUUCUAUCAAUCACUCAGUAUAAGUUAUUCUUGAGUGUCUGUUGUGGUAAUUUACGAUCUCCCGGGGUGAAGAAAAAUGUGUUUUGCAAAUAACUUUUGCUGAAUUAAAGCUGCAGUAAUCACAUGUAUAAGACAUCUGGGUUUAAAUUAGCUGAAUAUAAUAUGCUGUAAAUCUUGCUGGACAAAUUUUAAUCACCCUGCCGUGGUAAACCCCAUUCACUUAACAGUCAAAUCAGGUUAAUAAAAAGAUACUUGUCAACUUGAUUCUUCUUGUCCAGGCCAGUGGUGAAGAACUUACACACUCAGGACCGCACAGUAAAGGCCUGGAGCUUUUAUUUGCAGAAUACCUAGACUGGUUCUAGUUAUAGAAGGGAAAGAAUUUAUUUGAGAUUUAAAAUUGUACGUUGUGGAUAAAAUUAAGGCUUAUUAAGAGACAAGGAAAUAUGAGGAAGUUAAAUGAUUGGAGGUUACUAUGCUGUUUUUUUUUUAUAUUAUAUUGUUUAUAAAGAAAAAUGAUAUAUUAUUAUUGAAGCGCUCCUUGAACCUUAGAUAAGCUUUUUAUUUUUGAUUUUAUACUGUGCACCCUUAUUUUUUUAUAGCUGAUCUGUCUUUUGAAGUAGCACUUUAGAUUUUCACUGUUAAAAUGGUAGAAUGUCAGCGAGUUGACUGUUGCAUUGUUGUAAUCUGAAUAGUAGAGGACAUGGACAGUACGUACCUUAUGUAAAAGAACCGCUGAAUGUUUUAUCAUAAAUGAUUCCAGUCAGUCCAUAUUUUUUCCAGGAUAUAAUUCAAAUUUUUACUAAAUAUAUUUGUUUAAUCUGCUUCAGAACGUACAAGUGAGCUUUUAGAUACUGUGAUGUUUGCACUUUCUUUCUUUCUUUUUUUUUAUGUUGAAAAGUACAUUUUAUGUCAUUCAAAUUAUUGUGUAUAUUUGAGUUUUUGUGGAUGUACAUUGAAUAUUAUUAAAAAUCUUUUGGUUGAAACAGAAACAAUGGCUGUGUAU